AUGCGCAGUCGGCUCCCCGCGGAGGGUGCUAUCCUUGUGCGCCACGACGAGGUUCGCUUUGACGCUAUGAAGGCCAUCAUCGUGGGCACCGCCGGCACGCCCUACGCAAAUGGCAUCUUCUUGUUUGACAUCUACUUCCCGUCUGAGUAUCCGAGCUGCCCGCUCCAGAUCUUCAACUGCACGACCGGCGGAGGCACCGUCGAGAUGAAUAGCAACUUGUACUCCGACGGCAAGGUGUGCCUCAGCUUGCUCGGCACCAGCGGCUCCGACGGCGACAAGGAGGCGCGCUGGAACAGCGAGACGUCGUCGCUCGUGCAGGUUCUCCUGUCCAUCCAGGCGUUCAUACUCGUGCCGCAGCCCCUCGCCAACUACCCGGGCGUGGAGAAGGGCACCGAUGCCUUCCAGCGCCGCUCCGACGCCUUUGAUCAAGACUUGUGGCUCGCCACGGUGCGACACGCGAUGCUCGCGCCGCUACGCCACCCGCCGCUGGGCUUCGAGGAGGCGGUGCGCACGCACUUUGGCCUGAGACGGGGCGUGCUACGCAGGCAGUGCCUCGAGUGGGUGCGCGAUGCAAACGACGCCGUGCAGCCGCGCCUCGCCAGCGCGGUGCAGGAACUCUUCGCGCUGCUAGAUGCGCUUUGA